AUGAUUUCAGUUGACGAAAAUUCGGAUGACAAUGCAGUUGGAUCACUUCUUUGGCAAUUACCGUGCAGUGAAUUUGAAAAUUUAUGGGAAAAUUUGGUCUACGACUCUGACUUGAAGAACGAGCUCAUGUCCUAUGUACAUGCUCUAAUACAGCUAUCUGAUAACGGUGCCGACAUGAAAGUGAUCAAUGUUAAUCGUCUCAUCAUUCUGCUCGGUCCGCCUGGUACUGGGAAGACGUCACUUUGCCGUGGAGUAGCGCAGCACCUGUCCAUUCGACUGAACUCUCGAUAUUCUAGUUCUGUUAUGGUGGAAAUCAACAGCCAUAGUUUGUUUUCUAAGUGGUUCUCUGAGAUUGAAUCUCUUGGAAUGUCUCGUGAUGCAUCUACUAGCCGUGGUGAUCCGGCUGAUUCUAUUCGUGCCGUGAACGCUUUGCUCACUCAGAUCGACAGGAUCAGGCGGAGAACAAAUGUGAUUGUUCUCUGCACCUCCAAUAUGGAGGGGUGUCUUGAUCGUGCACUACUGGAUCGCGCCGAUGUCGUCCGACAUGUGGGACAACCGUCAGCAAACGCGCUAUACUCAAUUCUCGCUAAAUGUGUUGGCGAACUCAUAAGGAUAGGCCUUGUUGUUUCUGAUCAACAGCUACCCUCCAUCAGAGAGCUUAAAACUGUUGAGUCAGAAUGCUCACCAGGGCGAGAACUCAUGGAAUUGGCCACACUGGCUUUAGGUCUAAGCGGACGAUCCAUACGACAGGUUCCAGCCCUGGCGUGGUCAAAAGCGGAUGAGGAUACCGUCACCCUGUCUACGUGCCUAUCAUUAUUCAGAGAAGCGAUUUUGGAGAAAACUGAAUUGCGAAGAUAA